AUGGAACUUUUAAAGGCAUCCAAUAUUUUAUUAAUAAUCUAUACGCUUCUCUCUCUCGGCUUGUCUAUUUGGGCUGGAUAUGACAUGUAUUACAUAAUAAACCCUCAAAUUAUUGAACCACUAAAGCCUCACCAUCGUACUUCAAAGAUAGGUAUUUUCUAUUUAUUCAUUUUUAUUUCACGGUCAAUCCAAUACUGUUUAGAAAAUGACACAAAAAAUGGAACAAAAAUUGUAACAAACAAUGGAACUCAACCAGCUGACUUGCCGGUUAGGAAUGAUCUACCUGAAUCAUAUCAGAGCUUGGUCAAACAAGAUAUUGAACAGCUUGUAAAAUCAAUUAAUGAUAAAUCAUCUAUUCUUGCUAAUAUUUAUGAUCUUAAUGAACUUGGUAUUGAUAAAGAUAUAUUGGAACAGAAAUUGGUUAGGGAAGAUACUUAUAAGUUCUUUGAAUCAUUGAAGGGUAAAAAAUCAAUAUUGGUUAAUUUAUAUGAUCUUAAGGUCAUUAAACCUAAUAAAGCAGCUGAUGAAGCUAAAAUGAUAACAAAGGAUAUUCAGGAGUUUUUUAAAUCAUUGGAAGGUCAAGAAUCAAUACUUGCUAAUAUCUAUGAUCUUAAAGAAUUUGGUCAUGAUAAAGCUCUAGUUGAACAAGAAUUGAUAAGAAAAGAUACCAAGAAAUUCUUUGAGACAAAUCAAGGAAAACCUAUACUCCUUAAUUUGUUUGAACUUAAGGAGAUAGGAAUUGAUAAAAAAAUGCACAAGGACCAUUCAAUGAGUGAAGAUACCAGAAAGUUUUUUGAAUCACUUGAAGGUAAAUCAUCAGUCCUUCUUAACUGGUUUGACUUUGAAGAUUUUGGUCCUGAUGAAGCUUUAGUUGAACAAAAAAUGGGUAUGGAGGACACCGAGAAAUUCAUAAAAUCAAUUCAAGGAAACCCUAUAAUUAUUUCUAAUUUGUUUGACAUCAAAGAUCUUGUUUCUGAUAAACCUAAUGCUGGACGAAAAAGCACUCAUGAACUUGAACAGCUUGUAAAGUCCAUUAAUGAUAAAUCAUCUAUUCUUGCUAAUAUUUAUGAUCUUAAUGAACUUGGUAUUGAUAAAGAUAUAUUGGAACAGAAAUUGGUUAGGGAAGAUACAUAUAAGUUCUUUGAAUCAUUGAAGGGUAAGAAAUCAAUAUUGGUUAAUUUAUAUGAUCUUAAGGUGAUUAAACCUAAUAAAGCAGCUGAUGAAGCUAAAAUGAUAACAAAGGAUACUCAGGAGUCUUUUAAAUCAUUGGAAGGUCAAGAAUCAAUACUUGCUAAUAUCUAUGAUCUUAAAGAAUUUGGUCGUGAUAAAGCUCUAGUUGAACAAGAAUUGAUAAGAAAAGAUACAAAAAAAUUCUUUGAGUCUAUUCGAGACACUCCUAAAGUUCUGAGUAAUUUAUACGACCCGAUUGAGCCUAGUCCUCAAAAAGAAGUAAAAAAACAAGUAAAAGAAGUCAAGGAGCAAAAACUACAGGAGAAACAAGACAAAGUACUACCGGAAGUAAAAAAAGUUGUUCCAGAAGGAUCACAUGAUCAAGGAUUAGGCAAGGGGAAGGAUCCCUAUAAAGGGAAGGACGGACAUGGAUCAGGCACGGAAACUGAGGAAGAGUUUUUUGGCUAA